CCCUGCCCUGGUCCCCGAGGCCGUGGGGGUGACCCCAGCAGAGAGUGGGGGCCCCGAGGACCCCCCGGCCAGAGGGCUCUCGGUGAGGCUGGAGUUUGACUAUUCUGAGGACAAGGGCAGCCGGGACAGCGCGCAGGAGACCGCCCCUGCCCCCAAGAAGCUGGGCAGAAAGCCAGGCGCCAAAAUGCCCCUCCGGAGGCCGAAGGUGAAGAAAGGCCCCGAGAAGCUGGACAGCACCCCGGCCUCGCCCCCCAGGUCCCCCGCGGAGCCCGGUGACCUCCCUGUCGCCAAAGGCUCCUACACCUUCGACAUCGACAAGUGGGACGACCCCAAUUUCAACCCUUUCUCUUCCACCUCGAAGAUGCAGGAGUCCCCCAAACUUCCAGGAGGCCAGCACGCCCCAAACAAGAGAAGCAUGAAAUCUCAGGCUGCAGACUCGUUCUGUCGUCUUUGGCUCGAGAGCCAUCUUGUGGGCACCCCCUCCUCCUCAGGCACCCCCUCCUCCUCAGGGCCCCCCUCCUCCUCAGGGCCCCCCUCCUCCCUGCUCCGUCCUCAGAGCUCCGGUGUCCGGGAUGCCAGCCCCCGAGCCGUCCUGCUCCAGGGCCGGUGGCUGGGGUGCCCUGGGACCAGGCUCCUGGCAGCAGCCCUUUAUGGGAUCAUCGGAACCAGCACGGGAGGGUUCUCGGGGGGCCCUCUCUGGAAAGCGCCCCCACUCCCGCGGACCCCGCGGACGGCCGCAGGCUGCUGUGUGUCAGGGCCUCUGUCUGUCUCUCUGUCUCCCUGUCUCAGGAUGGUGGAAGACGUGAUGUCUGUGUGUUCUCUGUUUGACACGUUUAGGGUGAAAAAGUCGCCGAAGCGGUCUCCUCUCUCGGACCCGCCCUCUCAGAGGGAGAGGAAGGGAGGGAGAGAGAGAGAAGCAUCACCGCCGGUGAUCUCGGCCGUGGUCCACGCGACGGACGAGGAGAAGCUGGCCGUCACCAGCCAGAAGUGGGCGUGCAUGACGGUGGACCUGGAGGCGGACAAGCAGGACUUCCCGCAGCCCUCGGACCUGUCCUCCUUCGUCAACGAGACCAAGUUCAGCUCCCCCACCGAGGAGCUGGACUACAGGAACGCCUACGAAAUCGAGUACAUGGAGAAAAUCGGCUCCUCCUUGCCCGUAAGUGCUCCUGCCGCAGCCAGCGGGCGGGCGCUUUCCCAGCUGCGCUGCCUGACAACACAGCCGGGCCUCCUCCGGUCCCAGCACCCUGGGACCCAGACCUCGGAGUCAGGGGGCUGGGUGCCCGCAGCUUCCUGGGUGCCCAUAGCUUCCUGGGUGCCCGCAGCUCCCAGGUGCCUGGGUUGCAGGCUCCAUCCCCAGUGGGGGGCGUGCAGGAGGCGGCUCACCCCACCCCCCCGGCAGGAGGAGCUAGAGUUUGCCAUCAUGCGGAUCGAGGCGCUGAAGCUGGCCCGGCAGAUCGCGCUGGCUGCCCGCAGCCGCCAGGACGCCAAGGUACCCGCCUGCCUGGAGAAUGGUGUGUGGUCCGAGCGCUUCCGUGCUAACCAUCCGCCGGGCCGGCAUGGCUGGUGUUCGGCGAAAACGCUGCUGCUGCGCGCUGGCCCUCCCCUUUGCUUCUGCUGCCUGGUCAGACGCUCGCUCGAAGCAGCUCCUCAGCAGGUGGUCCAGGCACAAACCAGCCCAAGGGGGACCAGGGGGAGCCCUGCCUGUCCAUCCCCAGUAGCAGGUCCCCGGGCAGAGGUCCUCGCCAAGGAGAGAGAGGUCUCCGAGUGGAAGGAGAAGUACGAGGAGAGCCGGCGCGAGGUCAUGGAGAUGAGGAAGAUCGUGGCCGAGUAUGAGAAGACCAUCGCGCAGAUGAUAGAGGACGAGCAGCGGGAGAAGUCGGUCUCCCACCAAACGGUGCAGCAGCUGGUGCUGGAGAAGGAGCAGGCCCUGGCCGACCUGAACUCCGUGGAGAAGUCCCUGGCCGACCUCUUCCGGAGAUACGAGAAGAUGAAGGAGGUGCUGGAGGGCUUCCGCAAGAAUGAAGAGGUGCUGAAGAAGUGCGCCCAGGAAUACCUGUCCCGUGUGAAGAAGGAGGAGCAGAGGUACCAGGCCCUGAAGGUGCACGCGGAGGAGAAGCUGGACAGGUAACGGGGGGCCCUUGCCCAGGUCCGGGGCAAGGCCCAGCAGCUGCAGGCCGCCUACCAGGCCAGCCUGCGGAAGGAGCAGCUGCGGGUGGACGCCCUGGAGAGGACGCUGGAGCAGAAGAAUAAAGAGAUCGAAGAACUCACCAAGAUUUGCGAUGAACUGAUUGCCAAAAUGGGGAAAAGCUAACUUUGAACCAAACGUUUGGACUUGACCGUUGCGUGCAAUAUGCCCGUCGGCACCCUGCUGUGCUCCCAGGCCGGGGACAGGCGCUCCCGCCGCUGCGUACGCACCGCCGUUCCCUCGCUCAGCCCCGGGGACGUGGUCGUCCGCAGGGCGAAGGGACCGGCGGGACUUCUUGCUGUGGGUUUGCGUUUUUCCCGGGAUCGUUCAUAGCAAGUUGAGACCUCAGAGUUCCCGCAUCGGGGAGAGUCCGAGUCUCUCACGGAGGACACAGCGCUGACCUUGGCCUUGCCCUUUGACCCUGAGUUCCCAGGGCGAGUGGCUCUUGGGUCUAACGUAAACACGUUCUGCUGCACAGGGACUCUUGCCUUAAGGAGUGUACACUUCACCUGCGUUUGCCGAUUCGUUUUAAUAAGAAAAGAACAUGCAUGUUUCGAAUACAGUUCUCUAUUGUAAAUAAAAGAUUUUUCUUUGGAUCUUG